GGGGACUGGCCGCGAUGGGACCGGAGGCGGCGCAGACAAAGGCGCGGGCGGCGCGGGGCGCGCGGAGGGCGCGGGCCGGAGGCAGCGGCAGCGGCGACUCGGGGGGACAAACAAGUGACUCCUGUCACCCCUCUGGGUGCCCCUUAGAGGCCAUCCAGCCCAGCCUGACCAAUGUCCACAGCCAGGGAACAGCCGAUCUUCAGCACCCGGGCGCACGUGUUCCAGAUCGACCCCACUACCAAGCGGAACUGGAUCCCGGCCGGCAAGCACGCACUUACCGUGUCCUAUUUCUAUGACGCAACUCGAAAUGUGUACCGUAUCAUCAGCAUCGGGGGCGCCAAGGCCAUCAUCAACAGCACAGUCACCCCCAACAUGACCUUCACCAAAACCUCUCAGAAGUUCGGGCAGUGGGCAGACAGUCGAGCCAACACUGUCUAUGGCCUAGGCUUUGCCUCUGAACAGCAGCUGACCCAGUUUGCAGAGAAGUUUCAGGAAGUGAGAGAAGCUGCCAGGCUCGCUCGGGAGAAAUCUCAAGAUGGUGGAGAAUUCACUAGCCCUGCCCUGGCCCUUGCGUCCCACCAGGUUCCCCCGAGUCCCUUGGUCAGCACCAACGGUCCGGGAGAGGAGAAGCUGUUCCGCAGCCAGAGCGCAGAUGCCCCUGGCCCCACCGAGCGGGAGCGGUUGAAGAAGAUGCUGUCGGAAGGCUCCGUGGGCGAGGUCCAGUGGGAGGCUGAGUUUUUCGCGCUGCAGGACAGCAACCAGAGGCUGGCGGGGGCCCUUCGUGAGGCCAAUGCGGCCGCAACGCAGUGGAGACAGCAGCUGGAGGCCCAGCGUGCAGAGGCCGAGCGCCUGAGGCAGCGGGUGGCGGAGUUGGAGGCCCAGGCAGCUGCAGAGCCAGUCUCUGCGGGAGAGAAGGAGGCAACCAGCCAGUCGGUGGAGCAAUUGGAGGCCCAGGUGCAGACCAAGGACCAGGAAAUCCAGACUUUGAAGAAUCAGAGCACAGGGACACGGGACGUUCCUGACACCACCGAGCGGGAGGAAACGCGGCAGAAGGUUCAGGACCUGGAGACGCGCAACACGGAGCUGGAACAGCAGCUGAGGGCGAUGGAGUGCAGCCUGGAGGAGGCGCGCGCUGAGCGGGAGCGCGCCCGGGCGGAGGUGGGCCGGGCCGCGCAGCUCCUGGACGUGCGGCUGUUCGAGCUGAGCGAACUGCGAGAGGGCCUGGCACGCCUGGCGGAGGCCGCACCUUAGUCAGCCUGGGAGGGCCUGCGGCCCCAAGGCGCCCUGGCAGGGACCGGGGACCCCGCCUGUCUCUGAGCUUUGCACUGUGUAGUUUUCUAGAAUCCUUGGGCAGCUCUGAUGCCCAGAUUACAUUUCUAAGUGGCUGUACAAGUGCGUGGCAUUGCUGGCACCUGCUGUCGCUGGCUGCUGCUGCCCUGCAUCCCAGGGAUACUGUGAGGGAAGGCCACAGUGGUCAUUCCAAUGGGCAACAGGCUUUGGGGACCUGAGACCCGCAGGCCCGGUACCCACCCUUCCCAUUC